AUGGAUAUUCCUUAUGAGGAUAAUCUUGAAGAGGUUUCUAGGAUUUCUACUCGUCCUGACGUCUGUGACUGCACAAUCCAUCGAUGGUUCGGAACCGCCCUAGUGUUCGCGAUGGUCCCACCUCGAUCACAACCGCACCACUUCGAGAGCACUUCGAAGCAGCACUGCCUUGAUGUCGUUGUGCAUUUGAUUCAGUACUCAUAG